UUUUGCCGUGCUGAUUAUUAUAUUCACAGUACGCUUGUUCGUUUUCUCCUUUCUGCAGUAGUAUUGGUAGCCUACACGAUUCCAAUUAUUGCCAAGAUAGUGUUUUUUCAAACGUGGGUGAAUAUAUUUUGGAAGACUCCCCUUUCGUGCACUGUUGGCUAGCAUGGAGCUAAGUUAAGAAAUAAUAUCAGUAUUAAAAUGUCGGAGUGAAUCAAUGACUGUAGCCUACAUGCCUUACAAUGAAGUCAUCCGAAUAGAUGUAAACUUCUAGCGUUGUGUCGCCUUGAGACCUGAGGAAGUUGGCUCUGCCCUGUGGUAGUCUACUUGCACUCAAUUUUCCCCGACUACGUGUCGUCGUUUUGUCAUUGUAUAAACUGUUUGGAUGAAAACUUUCUGCUGCACUUAAUCACUUUCAAAAGUGCCACUUGGUGUGUAAAAUAUCAAAUGAGGUGAGAGGUCAGCUUUGACGUGACCGCCUGCAAUGUUAGAGAAGGCAGCCAGCUUCAAGAAGAGGAGCCCAACAUUUCAGACUGCUGAUGGGAAAUAUUGGUGUAAGGCCUAUGCCAUAGGCCUGGACCAAGAUGCUUGCUUGACUUGUUCGUGUGCUGUGAGCAAAGGGAACUUGGUGGUAAAGAUGGGUUCCUGAAGGUUUUAGAGUUGAAACAAACAAACAAACAAACAAACAAACAAACAAACAAAAGGACCCGGCAGAAGAACUUUGUCCAAGAUGGAUGACGCCACAGGCGAAUGUAAGAACUCACCACAAGAUGCAUCUGCCUUCAGUGCAGAAGAUUUGGGGGAUCCAAAGCUGAGAAAUGAUGACGACAAGGAGGCUCUCUCGGGCUCUGCCAUGUCCGAGCCUUGGCCCAGUGGAGAAACAGGAUCCAGGAAGGAGUUGGAGGAUGAAGAGGAAAGGGAGACGAAAGACAUGCUAGUGGAGGAUGAGCCAUUGGACAGUACAAGUCCAGAGUCUCCUCAGAAGCGGCUCCACUCAGAAGAUUCUGACAAGAACCGAGAUGGAGGAGAGAACCCUCAAAAGGACGGAGAAGGAGAAGGAGAGGGAGAGGAGGAGGAUGAGGAAGAGGAGGAGGAUGAUUCUGAAAAAGAGGAGGCCGGUGAGGCGGAAGGGGAUGUUGACGAGGAGGAGAGUCAGGCAAAAGAUGCCGGGAAAGAGACCAGGAUGAACGGAGAGUCAGGCUCCCGGACCUCUGGGAGGAGAGGGAGAUCCAGGAACAGCUCCAGUGCAGCUGGAGGAGACCAGGCCUACACCUCACCCACCUCCUCCUCCUCAUUCUUCAGGUCCCCCUUCUCCUCCUCCUCCUCGUACUCCUCCUCCGGGGGUGGCGGGAGGCACAAGCAGGCCCGCCGGAGGAACCACCACCACCACCAGGGCCGCGGUGGCCGCCGACAAAACGGCUCGCAGCUGGUCAUGGCGGUCAAGGAGAUCCUGUCGGAGUCCAUCAGCCCCUGGUGCAUGUCCUGCAUCCACAUGGUGGUGGAGCUCAUCGUGUCGGUGGCGCACCACUGCGGCAUGGUGGUAGAGUCGGCCAGCCUGGCUGUCUACGACUUCAGCUCCCGCUUCCUGCUCCGCGUCACUGACCUCCCGGGCCUGAAGCAGGACGCCCGGAGGGGCCUGGCGUGGGGUCGGGGCAGCGCCGCCGCCCUUGUGACCUGGACUAGCAGGGUGAGCGGUCGGGCGUGGCACGUGUCCACGUCCUGCUUCGGCCUGCUGUGUGCCAUCGCCAUGCUGGCCGGCCGCUGGGCGCAGUCCGCCCUGGGUAGGCUGAGCGGAGGGCGGGCCCAGCUGUGCUGGGAGUACCUGCAGAACUCGUGGCCGUGGAUGAAAGCCGCGGCUCUGCUCGGAAGGGUUGGCGGACUGUUCCGGAGGUCCAGGUCUCACGGGGCCGGGUCCACUCCGGAGUCUCCCAGCGGGGGGAGGUGUCAGCCGGGUCAGGAGCUGGAGAGGCUCCUCUCCCUGGCGCAGGUUCCAGAGGACGAGCUCGACCCCUUUGCUGUGCUGGGGGUGGAGGCCAACGCCACCGAGUCGGAACUCAAGAGGGCCUAUAGGCAGCUGGCUGUUCAGGUCCAUCCAGACAAGAACAAGCACCCGCGGGCAGGGGAGGCCUUCAAGGUACUCAGGGCGGCAUGGGACGUCGUCAGCAACCCGGAGACGCGGCGUGAAUACGAGAUGAAGCGCAUGGCUGCUACAGAGCUCUCCAAGUCCAUGAAUGAGUUCCUCACCAAGCUGCAGGAUGACCUGAAGGAGGCCAUGAACACCAUGAUGUGCACCAAGUGCGAAGGCAAACACAAGCGUUUCGAGAUGGACCGGGACCCGAGCGAGGCCCGCUUCUGUGCGGAAUGUAACCGUCGCCAUGGCGCAGAGGAGGGAGACCUGUGGGCGGAGUCUAGCAUGCUGGGCCUGCGCAUCACCUACUUUGCCUUCAUGGACGGGAAAGUCUACGACAUCACAGAGUGGGCAGGCUGCCAGCGAAUAGGCAUCUCCCCAGACACACACAGAGUGCCCUACCACAUCUCCUUUGGCUCCAAGACCAACAGCAACCCCAACCGCCACAGGACCUCAGAGCAGCACCCCCCACCAGGCCCCAGCUCCCCAGCAGACCUGCAGGACCUCUUCAACCGCAUUUUCCAGGGAGGGGGCUCCCCCAGCGAUAUGGCGGCCAACGGAGGCUUCUUCCCCACAGGGUCGGCCCCCCAUCAGCCCCCUGGUGCACCCGGUGGUAUGGGGGGCGGCGGAGGACCUUUCCCCGGAGGACCUUUCCCCGGCGGACCGUUCCCCGGCGGACCGUUCCCCGGCGGGCCUUCGCCCCCGGGCGGCUUCUUCCCCCACGGGCCGCAGCAGCAGCAUCGAGCGGAGCCCAGCGAACAAUGGACUGAGGGGGGCAAGCACCCACGCCGCCGGAAGAAAGUCCGCAAGCCCUUCCAGCGCUGAGCCCCAGACCCCUAACGAUGCAGUUCUGUGGACAGAUGGGAGUUCUAUGGCCAGUGAGUUGCCAUGGUGCUUCUGCCUGGGAUUGGGAUUACAAUUAUUCUGACAACUCCUAUAGAUUUCCCAUCAAGACACACACGCAAACUCACAAACCCACUGUUUGGAGUCGUUCAGACACCUCUGCAAAGCAUGUGUGGAGCUUUGGGGGCUGUGGUUUGUUUUGUUGGGGGAAGCAGAGCGGGCUCAGAGGCCAUAUGCACAGACGUGGACACAAAGAUGCGGAUGUGAUGAUGAGGAUGAUGGUGAUGAUUAUGAUGAUAAUGAUGAUGCUGAAGUGAAACUUUAUCCAAUCAGAAGUGAUGUGCUUUUUUUCACUGACACAACUCAUGUAUUACUUUUGUGACUUUUUUUCUGCUGCCGAAUUUGAAGAUCUUUAAAGAUUGAUUUUGAUGAUGCCAUGGGUUUUGCUGAUAUGUUAGUUUGCCAAUUCACCAUUCACAAUGAAGCUGAUUUUUAUUUUUUGUUCAACAAAAACGUUUGUUAGGUUUUAUUUUACAAUAAAGAAUAAGAACAUAAGCUGCUGAAGCCUCAGGGAUGGUGGACUUGGAUCUUGGACUCAUAUGAUUGAUUGGCUGCAGAGAUGGAUAGAAGGAAGGAAGUGAGGGAGGAGGAGGCGUUUUGGAAUUUGGAAUUCUUGGAAUGCCAGAAUUGUUAACUGAAGUUCUGAAGGAGUUUUUUUCCCCUCUAAGGAUGGAUUAGCUUCUUUCAUAUCUACAGUAUGACUCGCUCUCACACAGUUUCACGCAACCGUGCGUUUUGCUUCUCACAGACAAAAAAACGUCUGUAACAACAUAGAAACUUGCAUUUAUGAGUCCCAUUUAUGUUGACAUGAAGCGUCAUCACUGUUGGAAGAAAGGCUCAAUAUCUCCAGAAGAAUAGAACACCUUCAACUUCCUAACAGAUUUGUAAAGUGAUUGAGAUUCUAACAACUGUCUGAGAGGACUCAUUGCAGUAAUGUACUGUAUGUCACAGUUACGGUUGAUUUGAAUUUUUUUGCACUAUUACUGUCACUUUCUUGAAGUGUUGCUUAAACCGAAAACAAAAUGUAUAAUUUAAUAGAUUUUACAGCACAAUGGAUUUGUUUAUUGUCGUUUGUAGAUAUUUGUACUCAUACUGUAUUUGCAGACACAAUUUCACCAUUUGUGCAUAUAACUAGCCAGUUUCUAAAUCUUGGGUAAAAAUCCACCACCGAAAAAUGCUUUUAUCUGGCAUGUGAUGGUCGGAAUCACUAUUGAAGAUGAAUUGCUUACUCUUUUGAGCAGUCAGCUCAGUAGGGCCCGAUAUGCUUACUACAUGUUUAAAUUUCAGCCAUGUUGAUGCGCUAGGCUUUGUUGCAGGAAGAUAAGACCAAGGAUGGCAAUAUUGCCUGAGGAGCACUAGGCAAGAAGAUCUAUGGUAGAGUGCCUCUCUAGCAUAACACUGGAUAUAUGCAGAUCAGUCAUUAGGCAAACCAAGAGCCAGCUAUUUUUGGUUUCAACCGUAGUUUUCUGUCAGGACGCAGAAAAAAAAAACUUAGGUAAACCCCAUGAGACACUAUUGACUUAAAAAAUGGAGAUAUUAUGUUUUCUUCCAACAGUGGUGAUGCCUCUGGGGGGAAGAAAAAGCCUGUGGAUCUGGUUGUUGUGUGGUGAUGAUCUGCUGCCAUUUUGAUGGACAGUGAAGCGGGCUAUUGUUGUGUGGAGAUUGGUAGGAGCUGUACCUUCACACACUGCCCCUCACGCUGGAGUCAUGGCAUGGGCCUAGUAUUCACUUCUAAAAUAUCAGGCUCUCGCAUAAUAUGCUGCCAUGUCAGGAAUUCUGUUGUUGUGUUGGAUGACUGUUCAAAGAAUGACUUUCAGCUGUAAUGUAUUAAAACACAGGAGAGACACAAAUGGGUGUUCUACAAUUCUGAGAAAUGGACAGUAUAAUCUGUGGGAUUUUCCUCUGGAAAACAUUCUCGUCUUUCAGUGUGAUCUUGCCUUUUUUAUUUUAUUUUAUUUUAUUUUUGCCAAGUGUCAGGGGCCGGGGGGGUCACAAUGAGCAUGGCCCUCGGAGGCCAAGCUUCUCUAUGUGUGUUGCAUUGUCUGAAAGGAGAAGAAGUGGGGUGGUCUUACAGAGUAUCACAGCCUCAGUAUUAAGCAAUCCUCAAAACCUUGAACAGAUUUAACAAACAUUUUAACAAGCCUUGCUAGAGAGAUUUUACUUUUUUGGUUAACUAUGAUUCAUGUUUUCUCUUCUUAAUUGUUGAGUUCUAUCAAUUGCUAAAUUAGAAGUAAGAUGUUUUUUUACAACCUGUUAAUUUGCGCUUCGAUGUCACAGGGUGUUUGCAAAUGUUUUUUUUUCCCUUUUCAUUUCCAUAUGAUUUAUAGUGGGUAUUUCCAAUUGUAGGAGUUGAAAUACUGCGCUGUUUGGAGUUGACGUCAGAAUGUAAGGAGCUGUCUGGAUGGUAAAAAUAAUUAGGCUUGUGUAGAAUGAACAUGCAAAGGAACCUGAUUUAGUUAUAUGCAACAAAGAGAGAAAUACUAUGUCGCAAAAAAUCUGUUUUGACAAUCAUAAGGGUUACAACGUGCAAGACACUGGUUCAAUUGUCUUUUUGUUUGGCAUGAUGACAUGGUAUGAGUUUUAAUACAGCUCCGAUUGACAAAAAAAAUCUCAAUUUUAUUAUUCUUUUUGCCAUUUUUUUCAUAGUAAAGUUGAUUUCAUAUA